AUGAACAGGCAAUCACCUCAUUUUAACGCGUGGUCAACGAAUCCACUUGAAUCAAGAAAGGAUGUGAUUGAAGCUUUACAUCAGCAAUUGGAACCAUUGAUUCCCGCCUUCACCGAUGAUGGUGCAAGAGUUAGUUUGGCAGAUACUUCUGCCGUGUUUAGCAUGGAAGCGGCUGAAUUAGAAGGGUUUGCAAGACCAUUAUGGGGAAUUGUACCCUUCGUAUACGGAGGGGGCGAAUUCAGGCAUUGGGAUUUAUUUAGAACAGGUUUAUCCAAUGGUACAGAUCCAAGUAAACCAGAAUACUGGGGGGAUGUUCAAGAUUAUGAUCAGCAUUUAGUUGAAUUGGCUGCUAUUGGAUUUGCCUUAUGUUUUGUUCCAGAACAUAUUUGGAAUCCUUUACUGGAUGAAGCCAAAGACAAUUUGUCCAAAUUUUUGCUCAAAGCAAGGGAAAAUGAAUUUCCUCAUUGUAAUUGGAAAUUCUUCAGGAUAAUGAUUGAUUUGGGGUUAGACAAGGUUGGUGUUACAUAUGAUAAAUCUCUUACGGAAGCCUACAUGGCUGAUAUAGAUACCAUGUAUAUUGAUGAAGGAUGGUAUGGUGAUGGUGGCAAUAAUAGGAUUGAUUACUACAAUCCAUUCGCUUUACAUUUUUAUGGCAUGAUUUAUUAUCUCGCCAUGAAAGAUAGAGAUCCAGAAAGAAGCAAUAAAUAUAAAAGUAGAGCAUUAUUAUUUGCUAAACAAUUUAUUCAUUGGUUCAGUGAUGAUGGAGCCUGUAUUCCAUUCGGUAGAUCAUGCACUUAUAGAUUUGCCGUUGAUGGAUUCUGGGGUAUGUUGUCAUGUGUUAUUAGAGCUGAUGAAACCCCUGUCAUUCCUUGGGGCGUGUUGAAAGGAGUGUACUUGAGACAUUUGCGUUGGUGGUCGAAGCAACCAGUCUCAUACUUCAAGACUAAUAUCUUGUCUGUUGGAUUCAGCUACCCUAAUCAGUUUAUGUGUGAAAACUAUAACUCUCCACAGUCUCCAUAUUGGUCUCUUAAAGCAUUUGCAUCGCUAAUAUUACCCGAGUCUCAUCCAUUUUGGACAUCAAAGGAGGAACCACUAUUGUUAGAAGACGUAAACCUUAAGGUUCCUGGAAUGUUAAUUUCACAUAAUAAAGGAAAUACUGUCUCAUUAACUAGUGGGCCAUAUCUGGGAUUUAUUAGACAUCACGCUGAAAAAUAUAGUAAGUUUGCUUACAGCUCUAGAUACGGUUUUAAUGUUGAAAAUAAUUUGAAAAAUUUCAGUUCAGCUUCUCUUGAUAAUAUGAUUGGCUUCAGUUAUAAUGAUAGAGAUUUCUUUUUUAGAGAAUCAAAUAAAUCAUGGAUUUUCAGAGAUGGAUUGUACUCAGAGUGGUCACCGGCUGGUGCAGAGGAUAUAGAAGUCAAAACAUGGAUUCUUCAACGAGGAAAUUACCAUAUUAGAGUACACCGCGUUGACAAUAAUAGUUCAGAAGAUGUGGUAUCACUGGAAGGGGGGUUCGCAGCUAAUGUCAUGCAUGAUGAAAAUGUUAAUAAAUACAUAACUGCUGAUCCUAAGGCCAUUGCUGAGAUCGAAACUUCUAAAGAUAUUACUUUAAUUCUUAACUUAAUGGAAGACAGAAAAGCGAGAGUUUGCAAGGCAGAACCAAAUAGUAAUUUAAUUUCGUCUAAAGUUAUCGUACCCCAAUUAAAAGGUCGUAUCCCAGCUAAGUCAACUGCUAAAUUUGCUUGUGCCGUUUAUGCCCAACCUAAAGGCGAAUAUAAUAGGGAUAAAUUUUUGGAGAGUGUAAAUGUUCCAAGUGAGAAAGAAUUAGACGUACUGAAGUCUGGUGCUGAGAGAGUUACAUGUAACAUUCCCAGUAAUAAUGACGAACUCAUGGCUAAAAUGAUAAAGAAAUUCCAGGAGACUGAUUAA